CUUUUGGGUGUUUUGCAGGUACACAAUUGCUGAGUCUAAUUUUGGAUUAUGGGUAGGCAGCCUUGUUGUGAUAAACUCGGUGUGAAAAAAGGUCCAUGGACAGCUGAGGAAGACAAGAAACUCAUCAACUUCAUUCUCACCAAUGGCCAGUGUUGUUGGCGUGCUGUUCCUAAGCUCGCCGGUCUCCGCCGCUGCGGCAAGAGUUGCCGGCUUCGAUGGACUAAUUACCUUCGGCCUGACUUGAAGAGAGGCCUCCUUUCUGAGGCUGAAGAACAGUUGGUUAUUGACCUUCAUUCUCGCCUUGGCAAUAGGUGGUCGAAGAUUGCAGCCAGGUUACCAGGCAGAACCGACAAUGAGAUCAAGAAUCAUUGGAACACCCACAUCAAGAAAAAGCUUAUUAAAAUGGGGAUCGAUCCUGUUACUCAUGAACCAUUGAACAAAGAAGCAAAAGCUGCAGAGAAUCAUAUAUCAGAAACCGAUGGCGUCGGUGCCGAUUCAUUAGAGGAUAAUUCGAGUACACCAACAGAGAAUUGUUCUAGUUCUGUUGGUUCCAAUUCACUGGACAAAUUUUGCAAUGAUGAAUCUUUAUUGAGUAGCUUAUGGAUGAAUGAUGAACCUCCCUUAAUCGAUGCUUCAUGGGACAUUAAUAUACCAGCAGGAGGAGAAACCUGUAAUGGCAUAAGCUUGCCAUCUUGGGAAGAAAACUGUGCCUGGUUACUGGAUUGUCAGGAUUUUGGUAUUAAUGAUUUUGGGUUGGAUUGCUUAAACGACAUUGAAUUAAACACGAUGAACACGUUAGAGAUGGGCGACAAAACAGUAGCCUGACAUGCAAUGAAAUUGCUUAUUAAAGCUUCCAAUGAAGGUGCAUAUAUAUAUAUAUAUAUAUAUGGUCUUGUAGAUGGGAAAAUUGUUGGAAGGUGGAAGAUAAACCUAGCUUCUUUAGAGGUAUAUUAUUCUCACCUACCAAUUCAAAAUCAAAAGUGAUAUGAUCAACUCUCGUAUCCCCAAGAUGUGAUAUAUAUUUAAUUUAUUUAGUUCCUUGCAAAGAUUGUAAUCUUUUUCUUGUGUAGAAGACGGUGAAACAAUUAUUAUUUAGCCAAA